AUGCAGGUGCCGGCUCGCGUCGAUUUCCCCUACAGCCACUCGCUGCAUCCCGGCGACGCGGAUAGGAAGAGGAUCUUGCGUGCGGCAAGCUUCUCGACCAUGAAUGUGGAGAGGGAUCGGCCGAGACCGCCAAGACCGCCAGAGAGGACCCCCCCCCGCCUCAACUCGACGGAAGGCUGCUGCAAGGCUGCUGACCGGAAAAGAUUCGACACCUUCCGGGACAUGACAUCCAUUUUCGUAAAAGAACCGGAAGGCCUGUUGAAUCAUGGGGGCCAAGGCGUCUGGCUGGCUGCGCAACAGGAAGGCAAGCUCGUCAACCUGCCUAGGUUCACGAGAGCGUACCAGGCCGUGACCAAGGCUAGUGCGAUACACGCGGCGUCUUCAAAAGACAGGCCGGGUGGAAUCUUCCCCACCUGGCCCGUCUUUGUUCUCAAGAGCGUCCGGUGCGCACCCGGUGUCAGGACCAUAACCCUGUCACCGACCUUGAACUUGCCUUGGUUGUUCUUGGUGUUUAUUCGAGUCACGAUUCCAGAAGCCUCCAUGCCCAGGAGGUUGGGAUCAAGCCGAUUCUGGCCUUUGACAGUUGCCAGAUCAGCUUCGGAGAGACACGAUGCCUUGACAGAGAUGUCAAGUUCGUCUUCGGUCAGCUCCUCCGGCCUAGUCGGGACAUCAUCUCUGGCCGCUGAGGACUGUUCCUCUACAGACUGGAGCGAGUCGAGACCACCGGCAGGUUCCACUGCAAGUCGGAGGCACGAGUUCUCUGCGAGGGAGCCAAGUUGGACUUUCUUCUACGGGCCCAGUUGCUCGGCCCUUGCCUGCGCCCGCGAGGUCGUUCAUGAUUUUGUCUGCGUCGACAUCAACACUGACGCGGUUAACCUGUACGACGCCUUGAUCAAGUCUGAACUCUGCGUCGUCAGGCUGAGUGGAGUCACUCAGGCUGAAGGAAGGCGUUUGACAAAAGCUCGGCGGCCCGCGCAUCAAGGGGAUCGUGAAUGUGGAUGGUGCGGAAGCUCAGGCCGGACGUCUCAUUGCGUACCCACCACACGUGCAAUCCCGGCGACCAUCUCGGCGGCCGGGUCCGCAAAACCCGUUACCCAUGUGACACUUUCCGCCAAGGUGAUGAGAUCUCGCGCAGCUACAAAUUGA